UCCCGCAGAUCAUCUUUCAACGUAUCCGAAUUCAGUUACCUAUUUAUUCUACGAACAUUUACGGAGCUUCGAUUCUAAAGCCUGCUUGAUUCUACAGGCUUGGCAGAUUAAAGAACUAUAUACUAUUCCACCGCCAAUCAAUAUAAUUCUGAUUUCUUCUGUUGCAAGCCUAUAAUCAACACUUUUUUUUUUUACUUUCUGAAUUGGACAGAGCUUUCGAUAUAUUAAUAUGACCAUCUAGCGCUUCUGGAAAUGGGUUUUCACGAUUUUUGAUUUAAAUCGAAAACCCAUUGCCGGAGCAGUGCUAAUGAUGGAAUCGAAGUGAUCGCUCUCUGCCAUUCGUCUCUCAUGGGGAGUUUUCUUGGUGGGUUUUUGUUACCGCUGCUGCUUCUAACUGCGGCUUUAAUCAAUUGGAGUCUGAUCUCUCUUACUGAUUUAUUGUUGUUUCUUUUCAUUCAAUUUAAUGCAGAUAAAAUAGGGUUUAUUUUUGGUCGGCGGUUUUUGGUAUUUUGGCCAAUUAUCAUAUUCUCUUCGCUUGUUAUUCUUGCUCAAGUUACCUUCCUUGUUAUAUGGUCUCUUGAGGGAUAUAAGUGGAGCAUAGCCAAUGCAUGGUGGGCUAAGCUGAUUGGUUUCAUGACAAUUCAGUCAUGGAAAUCGCCUUCUGUUAUUUAUUUCUUGGUCGUACAACUGUUAUCAAUUUUUGUUGCCGCUGCUGAUAUUUUCUGGUACAGAAUUGGUUUUGUUCAAAGGGGAGAUUCAUGCUGGGUUCAUUUCUUUUCUUUUGUCGAUCAUCUAGGUUCUCAUCUAAGGGUUGCUUCCUGUUUGCUACUUCCUGCCAUUCAGAUUAUUGUGGGAAUUAGCAAUCCCUCAUGGGUUUCGCUUCCAUUUUUCAUUGGCAGCUGUGUAGGUCUGGUGGAUUGGUCUUUAACAAGCAACUUUUUAGGACUUUUCAGGUGGUGGAGGCCUCUUCAACUAUAUGCAGGUUUCAUUAUUUUUCUUGUUUAUGUGUAUCAACUUCCGGUGGAGUACCCUAGUAUGUUGAAAUGGGUAGCUGGAUUCAUUGGUCUGUUUAAAGUAUCGUCAACCUCCGAAUGGCCUGGGAUCUGUUCCUAUAUUUCUCUUAUACUUUUCUAUAUCAUGCUUUCUUGUGUCAAGUGCGAUCUUGAGGAAAUGGAUUUCAUAAUGUCAAUGAGGGAAAGCAACUUAGUGGAGCAACUUCUUCCCUCCAAGCAUUCAUUUUUCAUUCGUGAAUUGAGGUCUGGUGUGAAGCAUACUAAUGUUUUGUUGAGGAGAGAAGUUUUCCGAACAUUUACUAUUAACUUUUUCACGUAUGGUUUCCCGGUCUCCUUGGUUGCUCUGUCCUUCUGGAGUUUCCAUUUUGCAAGUCUAUGUGCAUUUGGGUUACUCGCAUAUGUUGGGUUCAUCGUAUAUGCCUUUCCUUCAUUAUUCCAAUUGCAUCGAUUGAAUGGGCUGCUGCUUGUGUUCAUUCUCUUCUGGGCUAUUAGCACAUAUAUUUUCAAUGUAGCAUUCACAUUUUUGAAUCAGAAGAUUGGAAAGGACAUGGAUGUUUGGGAGAUGGUGGGUUUGUGGCAUUAUCCAAUACCAGGAUUCUUUCUGCUUGCACAAUUUUGUCUCGGAAUUUUGGUUGCCUUGGUCAAUCUUGUAAACAACUCAGUUUUCCUUUGCGUGUCCGAUGAGGACGAGCGUUCUUCAAAUGACAACUGCAGUGCUAGAGAGGCAGGAGAGACCAAGGUUUUAAUUGUGGCAACUAUUGCAUGGGGUUUGCGCAAAAGCUCUCGAGCGAUCGUUCUAACUUUGAUAUUCCUGGUGGCAAUGAAGCCCGGUUUCAUCCAUGCUGUGUAUGUGGUAUUCUUCCUCCUAUACCUUUUGAGCCACGAAGUUAGCAGAAAGAUGCGCCAGUCUUUGAUUCUUCUAAAUGAGAUUCAUUUUGCAUUGUUAUAUCUUCUUCAGAUCAACUUGAUAUCGAAUGUGUUAGAUCGGGAAGGUUCUUUGUGUAGGGAAAUUCUGUUGCAACUAGGUCUCCUUGGACGUGAUAGCAUGUGGGAGUUCCUGGAAAUAACUAUGCUUGCUGGCUUUUGUACAAUUCAUAACCAUGGUUUUGAAAUGCUAUUUUCUUUUUCUGCCAUUGUGCAGCACACACCUAGUCCCCCAGUUGGAUUUAGCAUUUUACGAGCUGGCCUUAAUAAAUCAGUUCUGCUAUCAGUUUAUACGGGCACGACGAAUAAUUAUUGCCAUGAUAAUCCUUCACAUGAGAGACAGAUUGCAUCAUUCCUGAGUUCCAUUGGAGAGAAGUUCCUAUCCAUGUACAGAUCAUGUGGAACCUAUAUUGCAUUUCUGACUAUUCUUCUCACGGUUUUCUUUGUCAAACCAAAUUAUAUAUCCUUUGGUUACUUAUUCCUUCUUCUUGUUUGGAUGAUUGGAAGACAACUGGUUGAAAGAACAAAGAGGCGACUAUGGUUCCCAUUGAAAGCCUAUGCAAUUAUAGUGUUUAUCUUCAUAUAUUGCUUAAGCAGCUUCCCCAGCUUUAGGAUAUGGUUAUCCAGAUCAAUUGAUCUUUAUUUCUUUUUGGGAUACAACUCAGAGGCUUCAUCUUUGCAAAAUUGUUGGCAGUCUUUGGCUGUGUUGAUUGUGAUGCAACUUUACAGCUAUGAGAGACGACAGAGCAGAUAUAAUAGCUCUGAUGAACCCGAGCCUUUAGAAUACGGGCGACUCGGGUUUGUAAAACGCUUCCUUAGUUGGCACAGUGACAAGAUUCUGUUUGCUUCUCUUUUCUAUGCAUCGAUAUCACCGAUCAGUGCAUUUGGAUUGUUAUAUCUUCUCGGCCUCGGUGUAUGUUCCACUUUACCCAAGAUUUCUCAUAUCCCAUCAAAGCUGUUUCUGGCAUAUACAGGAGUUAUCAUGACAGCUGAAUACCUUUUCCAGAUGUGGGGUAAGCAAGCUGGUAUGUUUCCUGGACAAAAGCAUUCAAAUUUGUCUUAUUUUCUGGGUUUUAGAGUUUUUGAGCCUGGAUUUUGGGGUCUGGAAUUAGGCUUAAGGGGAAAAGUUCUGAUAAUUGCUGCAUGCACCCUCCAAUAUAAUGUCUUUCGCUGGUUGGAGCGGGUGCCGGGUUCUGCUCUAAAUAAAGGGAAAUGGGAUGACCCUUGUCCAUUAUUUGUCUCAGAUGAAGAUGAUUACGACAUAUCAAUCUCUCAUGAGAAAAAUAACCCAUCAUUAGAUGCUGGAAGGUUGUUUGUACAACAGGAAGGUUCAGAUCAUAUUUUAAGGCCUUCCUUCGUCUCGAAUCAGUCUCAAGUGCCUCAUUCUGCAUCGAGUAAACGAGACAACUCCAGAUGUAGCAGCACUAGUAAAUAUUCGUUCGGAUUUAUUUGGGGAAGCACCAAAGAAUGUCACAAGUGGGACAAAAUGCGAAUUAUAUACUGGAGAAAGGAAAGAUUUGAAAUGCAGAAGAUUAUUUUCAAGAUAUAUAUGAAAUUUUGGAUGGAGAAUUUGUUCCAUCUCUUUGGUCUUGAGAUAACCAUGAUCUCCUUGCUUCUUGCUAGUUUCGCUGUAUUAAAUUCUGUCUCCCUGUUCUACGUCGGAUUGUUGGCUGCCUGCAUUCUUUUGGAUCGGGGCAUUAUACGUAAACUAUGGCCUAUAUUUGUGUUCUUGUUUGCUUCCAUUCUUAUCCUUGAAUAUAUUGCCUUCUGGAUGAACAUGUGGAAUUCAGAUUGGAAUAUGCCAAGCAAGGCUGGUGUUCAUUGUCAUGACUGCUGGCGAAUCUCGAAUCUGUACUUCCAGUUUUGUUUGAACUGUUGGCUGGGACUGACUGUCGACGAUUCAAGGAUGCUUUUCAGUUAUUUUGUGGUAUUCAUGCUUUCGUCUCUCAAACUCCGUGCUGAUCAUUUAUCCGGUUUCUCGCUAUCAUCUACGUAUCGUAAAAUGGUGUCUCACCGUAAAAAUACAUUCGUUUGGAGGGAUCUAUCUUUUGAAACAAAAAGCAUGUGGACCAUCCUUGAUUACCUGAGGCUCUAUUGCUAUUGUCAUUUGUUGGAUCUUGUCCUGGCUUUGAUUUUGAUUACUGGAACUCUUGAAUAUGAUGUACUACAUCUUGGCUAUCUUGCCUUUGCACUGGUUUUCUUUAGAUUAAGGCUUGAAAUUCUGAAGAAGAAGAACAAAGUAUUCAAGUUCUUGCGUGCAUACAACUUUGCUCUUAUUAUUCUUUCUCUAGCUUACCAAUCUCCACUUGUAGGAGAAGUUAGUGCUGGAAAGUGUGAAACCAUGCAUUACAUAUUUGAGAUGAUUGGAUUUUACAAGUAUGAUUAUGGAUUUCGAAUUACUGCAAGAUCUGCUCUUGUUGAAAUUAUUAUCUUCAUGUUGGUCUCUCUUCAAUCAUACAUGUUCUCCUUGCAAGAGUUUGAAUACGUAUGCCGAUAUCUUGAAGCCGAGCAAAUCGGUGCGAUUGUUCACGAGCAGGAAAAAAAAGCUGCUUGGAAAACUGAACAGUUACAGCAUAUCCGUGAUUCAGAGGAAAGCAAACGGAAACGCAACCUGCAAGUCGAGAAAAUGAAAUCAGAGAUGCUGAAUUUUCAAAUUCAGCUUCAUAACAUGAACUCAUCUUUUGAUGGCAAUAAUGCUUCGCCAAUUCCAGGGAAUGAAUUCCUUAGAAAACAAAGUACUUCUAGGAUAGAUGAUGAUGCUAUGACCUCUGAUAUAGAAGGAACACUACUUGGGAAGGUUGAACAGAUGAUUAGAACAGAUUCUUCUCCCUUUCCUGAAUUGCAGGAAUCUCUUGCUAAUCUUAGAACAGAGUCAAGAAUGCACUCAAUGGAAUUUUCAGUUCCAGAAAUUUGUGAGAUUGAUUCUCAGAUUUCAGAUAUAUCUUUAGAUUUGGAUCGAAAAAGGAAACACAAAAGCUCAGCAAAAGGAAACCCCUUAAUGUCUGCUGUACAGUUUAUAGGUGAUGGUGUUUCCCAAGUACAAUCUAUUGGAAAUCAAGCUGUUAGCAAUCUUGCAAGCUUCCUAAAUGUCACACAAGACGAUGACAUGAUUGAACAGAGAAAUACCGAGGAUCGGGUUUACGAUCAGAUUGAGAGCCAAGAAACUAGGUACACACAUUUCGAGCGUUCUUCCUCGCUGCAUUCUGAUAAGAGUUCUGAUCCUGCAACUAUGCAGUUGGGAAGGAUUUUUCGUCACAUAUGGUCCCAAAUGCGGUCCAACAACGACGUCGUUUGCUAUUGCUGCUUUAUCCUCGUCUUUUUAUGGAACUUUAGUUUACUUUCUAUGGUUUACCUUGCAGCUCUCUUUGUCUAUGCCCUGUGUGUAAACACCGGUCCGGGUUAUAUGUUUUGGGUCAUCAUGCUUAUUUACACAGAAUUGUACAUAUUGCUACAGUAUCUGUACCAGAUAAUCAUCCAGCAUUGUGGGUUGACUAUUAAUUCGGAUUUACUACAAGAACUUGGAUUUCCUACACAUAGAAUUACUUCAUCCUUCGUUAUCAGUUCAUUGCCUCUGUUCCUGGUUUACUUGUUUACUCUAUUGCAAAGCUCUAUAACUGCUAAAGAUGGUGAGUGGACAUAUUCUAAUGCCUUCAACAAAAGUGAUCUCCCCAGAAAACACAGUCUUGGACAUUAUGGUUUGACUGAAAAGGCAUAUGAACUCCUACACUUGGGGGAAAAAAUGAUGAUGUUUGUACUCAGGAGUUUGUGCAAGUACUGGAAGUCACUGACUCAAGGAGCAGAAUCUCCACCUUACUUUAUCCAGGUUUCUAUGGAUGUCCAAGUAUGGCCAGAAUACGGGAUUCAGCCUGAGAGGAUCGAGUCAGGAAUAAAUCAGAUGCUUCAAAUUAUCCAUGAUGGGAGGUGUAAGGAGCAGAACCCUCGACCAUGUCCGUUUUCUAGUAGAGUUCAUGUCCAGAGCAUUGAAAGAAGUAAAGAAAAUGCAAAGAUGGCCUUGGUUGUUCUAGAGGUAGUAUAUUCUUCUCCUUCAACUGAUACUUGUGCAGAAUGGUAUGACUCUCUUACUCCUGCAGCUGAUGUAACGAACGAGAUUCGGCUUGCACAACACAAAGGACUUGUUGAAAAUACUGGAUUCCCAUAUCAAAUCCUCUCCGUGAUCGGCGGAGGAAAAAGGGAAAUCGAUCUAUAUGCCUAUGUCUUUGGUGCAGAUUUGAUAGUGUUCUUCUUUGUCGCGAUUUUCUACCAAUCUGUCAUCAAAAACAAUACUGAGUUUCUUGAUGUAUAUCAACUAGAGGAUCAGUUCCCAAAAGAGUUUGUGUUCAUCUUGAUGAUAAUAUUCUUCUUGAUCGUGCUGGAUCGAUGUAUUUACCUCUGCUCAUUCGCCAUCGGUAAAGUGAUCUUUUACCUUUUCAAUCUCGUUCUCUUUACUUACGUGGUAACGGAGUAUGCAUGGCAAAUGGAGCCUUCCAAUCAGCAUGCAGGAGAGUUGGCACUCCGUGCUAUAUUUCUUGCGAAGGCGGUUUCUUUAGCACUGCAAGCGAUACAAAUUCGAUACGGUCUCCCACACAAAAGCACCUUGUAUCGACAAUUUUUGACGAGUGAAGUUUCAAGAAUCAACUAUUUAGGGUACAGGCUUUACCGGGCUCUUCCCUUCUUAUAUGAAUUACGAUGUGUACUGGACUGGUCGUGCACGACAACUUCUCUGACCAUGUACGACUGGCUAAAGCUGGAGGACAUAAAUGCAAGCUUGUACCUUGUAAAAUGUGAUGCAGUAUUGAAUAGAUCUCAGCACAAACAAGGAGAUAAGCAAACUGUUAUGACCAAAUGUUGCAAUGGAAUAUGCUUGUUCUUCAUAUUAAUCUGUGUUAUCUGGGCUCCAAUGCUGAUGUAUAGUAGUGGGAACCCAACAAAUGUUGCAAACCCAAUCAAGGAUGCCAGUUGCCAAGUGGAUAUCAAGACAUCUUCAGGAAGAUUGACACUCUACCAGACUACUCUUUGUGAAAAGAUCAAAUGGGAGAAGUUGAAUGCUAAUAUGGUUCUUGACCCUGGAGGCUAUCUUAGUCCAUAUAAUAGGGAUGAUAUUCAGUUAAUUUGUUGUCAAGCUGAUGCUAGUGUCCUGUGGCUUGUCCCUGGUGUGGUUCAGUCCAGAUUCAUUCAUUCCCUUGACUGGAACCAAGAUAUAAGCAUUGCUUUCACUUGGCUACUCACCAGAGACAGACCAAAAGGGAAGGAAGUUGUAAGAUAUGACCGACUUGUUCAUCCUCGAGAUCUUCCUAAUCAAUCUGAUAUCCAGAAAGUUCUCAAUGGCUCGAUGAAUAGCUUUCAGAUAAAAAAUGUUUAUGAGAGAUACUUUCGUGUCACAGGCUCUGGUGAUGUUAGACCUCUGGAACAAGAGGACAAUUUUGUCAGCGCUGAUCUCAUCUUGAACCGUGAAAAUUACGAUUGGUGGUCCUUCCAUGACAUCCAGCCAAUAAAUGUCAGCAAAUGUGGACAUUUCACUGGACCAGUAGCCAUUGUAAUCUCUGAGGAAAUACCACCUCAGGGCAUUCUGGGGGACACUCUCAGCAAGUUCAGCAUCUGGGGUCUUUACAUAACCUUUGUUCUAGCAGUUGGCCGUUUUAUAAGACUUCAAUGCUCUGACUUGAGAAUGAGAAUUCCCUAUGAGAAUCUACCUUCUUGUGAUAGGUUGAUUGCUAUUUGUGAAGACAUAUAUGCUGCUAGAGCUGAGGGAGAGCUUGGAGUUGAAGAGGUAUUAUAUUGGACACUCGUGAAAAUUUACAGGUCCCCUCACAUGCUGCUUGAAUACACAAAGAUAGAUUAGACUGCAAAGUUUAAACAAACAUUUAUCAGAGUUAAGAAAACACAGAGCCUAGAUACAAGUACCUGCACGACUAACGCCAGUUAUAGUGAAAGCCAGCCUCGUUCGUGAUUGGUGUGUUCUUGAGAAGAUGGUAUGGUUCCAUAGGAUCUGUUGAAUACUAUGUGAAAAAGAAUUGUGGGUUCUUCAAGAACAUUCAUAUUUGUAGAUGAUCUGGUUGGGAGUGUACUGCAGAAGUUUUAGCUUCAAUAGCCAGAGGGAACAGGCUUCCUUACUAAUUCUGCAAGUAAAUCUGCCAAGAGGUUUGUUUGUUGACUUUACUCU